AUGGAGAUAUCCUACAGUAGUUGCUUCGAGUUCGCUCUAGACUAUCUUCGCUGGUUGGGUUCUACCACCACAGGGCACAGUGAUCUAAUCUCGAAUCUGAAGAUGGGGGUGAGACUAUUACAAAGCUUUGAUCUGUAUCUGACAAAGUGUAGGAGGAGGAGGAACCAUGAAACCUGUUUGGGACAAGAUGAGGAGGAGAAGGAUGUUACGUCUUCCAGAAUUCAAGAUCUGAUUAUCAAGAGAAUGCAAGAUCUUGAAUUUGUUUGCAGCGAAUGCUUGAUUCAUUCUCGAUCGCUUCAUUCGACUCAUGUUGAAAGUGAGCUAACCAUAUUCCUGGAAGCAAUCAAGUUGUUUUUCGAAACAGAUAUCAACGAAUCGUGCAUCAACUAUCUGCUGGACUGUUACUGGCUGCACGAUCCAGAGCUAGUUCUUGAUUUCAUCGAUUCUUUUUCCGAGUCUCUGGUGGAAUUUUACAUGUUCCAUUCCAAAGGCCUUGACGAGAAGCUAAUGUUCUUGAAGAGUUUCAUUCGCUUUGCCAUGCUUCGUGGUGUCGAGGAUCAGCAAUUGAUACAUCUCUUGAUUCAUACUGAAGUGGUGGUUAUCAAUGCAUUACACCUGUUUUCUAUAUGGUGGUUUAACAAAGUCAUAGAUAAUGAUGAAGUAUGGAAGGAAAUGGAACUUCAAAUUUCUCAACUAAUGCAUGAGAAGAUUAAUCCCGGUGAUCCCCAGGUCCGAGAAACUUACAUCCAUGUCUUGACUGCUGCAAAGUUAUCAAGAUCCUUAAACAUUUCAGAUCUGGAGAAGAAUAAGCAUCUAGUAGCUGACUUUAUGGAUCGUCUAGUUCACAAUAUUAAGGAGUUGCUGAAAUCUUGUACCAAUAUUCUUGUUCCAAUUAUGAAUCAAAUGCUAAAGCUCCUUGAUGAGCUAAGAUUCCUGACAAUCCUUCUCAGGCAUCAGGAGAAGUUCAAAGAGCUAUGCCGUGAAAUGAAGAAUCUUAUUGGAGUUGUGGCCUGUGAUGCAGCAGUUGUAAUUUUCUCUCUUUCUGCGGAUCUUGGUCUUUUUCAUUUGCUUAAAGUGAUUAAGUUUAUUAGGGCAGAAGUUACCGAUCCAGUAACAUCGUUCUCGCCAUUUGGUUUUCCUAAGACCAAUGAGUUGGGCUCUAUGGAUUUUCUCCUUGAAAAUCUGAAGGAACUAGAAAGUUGUAAUGAUGCUGAUGAUUCAAUUGCAUUCCCAAAAGAUCAAAUCCGUACAGUCCUAGAAGAUCUCGUAUUCUUAAGAUCUUUCCUUGUCAAGAUAGCAGACCAGCGCAACCAGAAUGGAAAACUCCAAGCUCUUUGGAGUCGUGUUAUGGAGGUUGCGUACAGGGCAGAGUUUGUCAUCGACUCUAUUGUGGUUGGUGAUAAACAUGAACAUUUGGAAAGAGUUGCCAGAGAUAUCCAGCUUUUGAGGACUGAGGCCCUUGAAAUCUAUGAUAGCACGGGGCAUGACCGUGGAACUCAGAGAACUAACCAGAAAUCUUUCCGCAUUGACUCAAAACGUAGCAUCCCAGUGUUGAAUGAAGUUUUGGUGGGUCUUGAUGAUGAGGUAAAAACAAUUAUUCAUAGUCUUACCAGGGGUUCAAAGCUGUUGGAUUUUGUUUCAAUUGUGGGUAUGGCUGGACUUGGUAAGACAACAUUGGCCAAUAGAGUUUGCAACGAUCCAUUAAUUUUGAGCCACUUUCAUAUCCUUGCUCGUUGUACUGUUUCUCAAGUGUAUAGCAUGCAUAGUUUGUUAGUUCAGCUUUUAUGUAGUAUUUCUUCUAGGAGUCCUGAUGAAUAUCUUGAGAUGGGUGAAAAUGAUUUGGCUCACAUGCUAUACAAACUUUUAAAGAGAAAUAGGUAUCUCAUUUUUUUGGAUGAUGUGUGGGAGAUUAGGGCAUGGAAUUUGUUGGAGAGAUCAUUGCCCAAUGAUGCUAACGGAAGUAGGAUUCUCUUCACUAGCAGAAUUCAACUGCAAUUCAAACUUGAUAGCAAGGCUCACAAUCUCCGUCAGCUUACUGAUGAAGAGAGUUGGAAAUUGCUGCAGAAAAAGCUAUUUGGCAAAGAAGGUUUUCCUCCAACACUAGGUAAAGUUGGAUCUCAAAUAGCAAAAUUAUGUAGGGGCUUACCUCUCACAGUUGUCCUCAUUGCUGGAAUUCUUGCUAAUACUGCAGAAGAUUGCUGGGAAGAAGUUGCAAAGAGUCUAACUUCCAGUAUUGUCCUUGAUGACGAAUACUGCAUGAAGACACUUGAGCUGAGUUACAGUCAUUUACCGGAUGAUUUGAAGGCAUGCCUUCUUUACUUUGGUGCAUUUCAAGAAGACCAAAAUGUUCCUGUCCGAAUGUUGUUUUGGCUUUGGAUCUCUGAAGGCUUCGUACGAAAGACUGAAGGAAAGAGCUUAGAGGAUGUGGCAGAUGACUAUUUGAAGGAUCUGGUUGAUAGAAGUUUAGUUAUGGUUUCCAAACAAAAAACCAUGGGUGGUGCCAAAGCCUGCCGACUUCAUGAUUUGGUACAUGAGUUUUGUCUGAAAAAAGCCAAAGAAGAAAACUUUCUACAUGUUUUGCAUAGUCGGAAUGAUCAUUUUAUUCUUACUGGCCCAAGCAACCCCCUCCGAGUUUGUGAUCAAAAUGCCAAGAAUUUGAUGGUUUGGGAGUUAAUGCUAGAAUUUCCGAAUGUACGCAGUUUGUUAUUGUUCAAGGAGGAAGAUUUGGGAUUUUGGUUACCUAAACUUCUUAGAGUGUUGGGUUUGAGGAGAUUGGUGUUCCGUGUACAUUUUCCAAUGGAAGUACUUUUGCUUGCUCAUUUGAGAUACUUGGCUCUUUGUACUAGAGGAGUAAAUUGCAUCCCAGCUGCAAUAGCAAACCUCUCGAGGUUACAAACUUUUCUGCUACGAGGAAACACCUCUGAUUGUUUGUUACCCAAGACUAUCUGGAACAUUAAGACAUUGAGACAUUUAUGGACUACAAAUGCCGCUGUUGGUUUUAUUUUUCCUGUUGAAAGUCUUGAAGUAACCCCAGGCUUAAUUCAUUUAGACACUUUAAGCCUUGCCAUUGAUCCCUCCUCUCAAAGCUUGCAAAAGAUACUGACAAAGUUACCAAACAUCCGCAGGCUAAGAUGUAAGAUGACGGAAUCAAGAGAAGAACCUACCAGAAUUGGCGACGGGAUUCUCGUGUUCGAUUGGUUGAGUAAACUAGAAUCACUUACUCUGCUUUUCUUUGACGGAUAUGGAUUUAAAUUUCCAUUGAAUUUGAAGAAGUUGACUCUUGCAUUUCAUGUGCAGCCGUGGAGUGAAAUCUCAACAAUUGGAAAGUUGCCCAAACUUGAAGCGCUUAAAUUACUCGAUCACUCCUUCUUUGGGGAAGAAUGGGAAAUGAAAGAAGGGGAGUUCCCUAGCCUCCGAGUCUUGAAAUUGAGAACCUUCUUGGACUUUCGCAGGUGGACUGCAUCUUCUGAUAAUUUUCCCCGUCUUGAGAAAUUGGUUGUGCACGAUUGUAUAAAUUUGGAAGAGGUGCCUUCUUGUUUAGGAGAAUGUCCGACUCUUGAAAUGAUUGAGGUGAGAGGGUGUCGUGAGGCUGUUGCAAGUUCAGUAAAGCAAAUUCAACAAGAACAGAUAGAUAUGGGAAAUGAGGUUCUAAAGAUCUUAAUUGAAGAUCCGUGGAGUUCCAGUGAAGAAGAAGAAGAAUAG